UGGAUUUUCAACAGCGCCAUCUGGAUUUGUUGUCAGUGACUCCCGACGACGCUAAGAUAAAAAAGUCAGCUGAUCGAUCUCAAUUUCGGUUUGCGAAAAUAAUAAAAACAUGACUGAAUCACCAUCGCCAUUUAACAAAGAGCUCCUCGACAGACUCACGACGGGUAUAAGCAAAAGUUUAGAAAAGAGGCCAGGAGUAUGUGACAUCAUGCUAACUGAGAAACCACAAGCCCAUCGUCAUCAACUCACAUCUUGGGAACAACGGAAUUCCUGCCUCUUGCCAGAAGACUUUAAAAAUCUCUAUCAGAUGACAGAUGGCUUGCUGCUGCAGUGGAGUGUCAAAUUAGAUGGGGACAAUGUUGAGCCUCUUGGGAGGAUGGAGCUCAACUCGAUCUCUGAUGUAACAAAGAUUGCCGGUGAAAAGAUAACGAGAAGAAAUAAUCCUACCAUUGCUGACCUUGAGGAGGACUCUGAUGAAGAACCCGAGAUGGAUGAGACACCAAGCUUUGGACCAAGCAGUAGGGUCUUUGAGUUGGAUCCUUGCCAAGGUUGUGGGAAGGUGUGCCUAGUCUACAGGAAUACAAAACCAGGCACACCAGCUGAAGUUGCAGAAAUCUGGUUUCUAGACACUGCCCUCCGUUGGCACUUCCUCACCAGUACCUUUGCUCAGUACUUCCGUCUCAUGAUGGUUCAUUUAGGGCUCCCUCAGUGGCAAUAUGCUUUCACGGAUGUUGGCCUCAGUCCUUCUGCUCGGCAAUGGUUUAAUCUGUACGGUCCUUAUCGGCUGCAAGUUGAUUCUAUACUGACAGAGAUGUUUGGGCCUGAGGAGAAGGAGGUAGAUGAAAAUAUGCCUGAAGGUGUACCGAUACAGAAGCUUGAUGUUACCAAAGUAUUCAAAGGAAAAUCAGAUAAGAAAAGUAAAACAUCCUCUGGUCAACAGAAAAAGAAGACAUCAGUUCACAAGCCAAUGUCUGGUGGGAUGAGUGGAAGAUCAACACAAUUUCAGGGCAACAAUCGAUUUAGAUGAUUCUUGUUCUCGAAGGUGUCAUUUUCUUUCAAGGACUUUCUGGAGUCCUGAAAAAUUGAUUAGGCACUUACUCAUGAAAGACAAGAACAGACUUAUAGACUUAUAGAGCCCAGUGGCUGGACGCUGACGGACUAAUUGGGAUGUUCUACAUACUUUAAGGGCAGCAAGUGAUUUAGAUGAUCCUAGUUCUUAAAGAUGUCUAUUUCUUCAAGGCCUUUGCUGUUCAUGACUGAGGGAUGUCUUUCGAGAAUCAAUAAAACAAUUCGAGAAAAAAAUCUCUGUGUAUACAAGAUGUUAGUGCCAUUCUGUAGUGAGCCAAGUGGACGGAGCUUUUGAAGGCAACAUUUACUAUCCUGGGGAAGCCUUAACCAUUCCAGACUAAGGUAUGCCUUUGAUGGUAUCAGCAAGGCACUUCUUGAUGAAAGACUUUGGUUUUGCACUUCAAUAAGGAGGGCUGAUCCAGUGAAAAAGACUAGAUAUUUGAUCAGAUUACUUGAACCUGAAUUGACUCCUGAAGACGGACAGCCAACCUGCCCGAAACGUCGAGUCUCUCUACUGCUUCUGCUUAUCAUCUCUACUCGCAGACUCAAGCCAGCACCUCCUCAUCCAUCCUACUACUCAAGCUGUUUCAAUUUACCAAUCUCUUCCGGUUUACAGUCCUUUUCCGGACUACGUUCAAGAAAGAUUACUCUACUCUCAAAUUUCCACUUUCUUGCCUAUCCAUUUCCUUUUCCUUUUUCUUUUUCCUCCUCUAUCCACUGUUUCUAUAAUACUCCAUAUGGUGUACCGUAAACCACAUCAGCGAUUGCACAUGCCACCAUGCAAACCUUCAAACAACACUUUCCUGCUUGCUGUAAUGAUACCAGGGCAUGCUGUAUCAAAAAUUGUUUAACUAUUGCAAAUUUAGGACCAUGAUGUUGAUUGGAUCAUGGCCAUAAUAAAGACUGAUCAUUGUUAUUUUUAAAAGCAGAAUUAUUACAUGCUAGAGCUCCAAAUUUGCAGUAAUCAGAAAACCACCUUCAUUAAUAUGUGUAUCAUGAAAUGUGUUGUUCUUAUGAAUUCUGUUCAUGUCGCCUCCCACUGUAAGCAUUAUGUUUUCUAUCUUCUAUCUUUUACGGUCAUGUUUUAGUUAUUAUGAUUUUAGUAAUUAAUA